CAAACAUCUGAAUAUUUCUCUCCCUUUCCUGUGCGAUAAUCACAAAGUUCUCCUUUCCAAAGUUCAACGUUUCUCCUUCCUCCUUCUCGCAUGUCAUGAUGGCAUCAAGGGAAGUCGAUGUGGACAAGAAUAGUGUCGCUGGAAAAAUUCCUGACUAUGGUGCCAUCUUUAUUUCUAACCUUGAGACAAAGAAAGAAUGUUUUAGAAGGAAACUAUUAGGCCUUCCAAUGGGGCAAGCACACUUUGUAAAGCAGAUUAAAGCUGGAAUGAUCUUAUUUCUGUUUGAAUUUGAGAGGAGAGAACUUCAUGGCGUAUUUCAGGCAUCCACUGAUGGUGCGAUUAACAUUGUGCCCCAUGCCUUCAAAUCUUCUGGAAAGCAAUACCCUGCACAGCCCGCUCCCUGAAAGUGAAUUUCGUGGUGCAAUCAGAGAAUUAUUUUUCAGCAUACAAGUUUAACUUUGGGCUGUCUGAGAAACAGGUUCGCAAGCUCUUGUUAUUUUUCAGUUUGAGAAAGUUAAAAGAUAAAUGUCUUCAGAGACAUUUCACCAAUUUUGAGGUUGGAUGCCCUAUGAGUAAGGCUAGAAAUGCUGUUACUGAGGGCAGCAAUGUAAUAAUUGAUGACGGGGAAGAUGAACAAAAUGCAGAGGCCAAUUUCUCUGGUGACUCCAUUAACAACUAUUGAAUCAGUAAUGAUAGGUUUGUGAGUGCUUCUGCAGGAAAUGGGCUUAAAUUGGGCCAUGAGUCUGGGCCGCUAGUUUCAAAUGAGCAGGUUGGGGACCCAAUGGGAGUGAGAAGAUUUUUUUAUGAUAUCCGGUUUGUAACAAGAAAUGCAAUGCGAAUUGAGCAUAAUGUGGAUAUUGAUCCUAUGUCAGUUGUUAUGACCAACAAUCUUGGGCAUGCCACUCCAAGCAAGGCUGAUCAUAUCACUACUGGAAUGAUUUCUGGGCUAGAAGACAAGUGGAAUGAGCAAAAUGGUUUUGGGAUGCAAAUCUCAUCUGAGUACCCUUGUUUAUAUCAGUCUAUUUCACCCGUGCAUUCUAGCAAGUCCAAAUUUGAAGAAAAUUCUUUGGUUAAUAGUCAGCAUCAGCUGUCAAUGGAGUCACAAAACUUGAAUAUUUUUAAUUCAACAACUUGUGGCGAUGCAACCAUUAGUAGCGCUCUUACUGCUUUACCUUAUUACACUGAUGCCUCUGUCCUUAAUUAUAGGCACUCAUCAUUGCUUGAAUGUACUCUUCACAACAGUAUAUUUCCUUGCCUUGAAAACGAAUCAUUAUCAUCAUAUAUGGAGUCGAAAUGUACUAGCAGAUCUGGGAUCAUCAGUUCUGGUUUAUCUGCUAAUGUUCCAAAUGUUCUGUCACGUUGUCCUGUUCCAUACCAGUACUCUGACAGGGCCGGUAUGCCUUUCCCAGGGCCCAAAUAUUCUAAAAACAUGGUGAGAGUGUCCUAUGAGUAUGAAGGCUCCAAGGGCUUUUCUGUUCCAAAUCCCUCUUCAGAUCCUUUUCUCUUGUCAGAAAGUGGAAAUAAUGAAAGAACGGGUAAGGGUGCAUCUUUUUCCUACAAUUCCAGUAUGCUUGAUUGUAGGUGUCCUGUUGCUUCACAAGACAAACAUGAACAUAAACUCAUGCACGUAGAAAACAAUGAAGCUUUUGCAGACUGCCAUGAAGACAAAUUAAUGGACCUGGAUAUCUGUCCUUACUCAGAAAACAUGUAUUCGGUUUGUCAGAAGAAGAAAGUAAGUGUAUUUUCUCGCUUGGCCUUGCCUCCAAAAAUAUGUGAACAAGGUAAUGGUAACCAAAUUCAACAUGAUGAAUGCAGUACGGAUUCAUCAGUGGAUAAAUUGUGUGAACUUCUUCAUUUUGAAAACAAUGAAGCAUUUGUGGGUGAUGUUCCUGUGUUGAAAAAGGGUAAAUCUAGAAGCAUAGACUAUGAGGAUGACUCAUCAAUGCAACUUUCAGAGAAAAUGUAUUCCGUUUGUCAGAAGAAGAGAAAAAGUGUGUUUUCUCGCUUGUCCUUUGCUCCAAAAGUAUGUGAACAAGGCAAUGGUACUCCAGUUCAACAUCAUGAAUGCGAUAUGGAUUCAUCAAUGGAUGAAGUCAUGACCAUGUUGAACCAGAGUCAUUGCAAAUGGGUGAGGAGGGAAAAAUGUUUCAAGCAGAUGACCAGUGAUCUCACAAAGAAGAUAAGAAGAAAUGUUGACUCCAGCUGGAGAAGAGGUCCAAAUAGAAGAACAGAUACCUUUUGUGGAUUUCAAACGUCGCAGUGAAGUGAGAAAGGCUGAAGAUGAUGCCAAUCCUGGGAGCUCCAUUCUUACUGUUGAAACCCAUGGCUUCUCAGAUGGGCAGCAAAAAAGGAGAAAGUUGAUUAGGCCAAACUUCAGCAUGAAUGAAUCAUCUGGCAAUGUCAUGGUCGGAAGCCAGGAUAAAAAAGGCAAUAUAUCACAAGUCUUUGAGUUACCGCAUUUUGGCAUCGGAAACAAUGUAGUUAAUGAGCAAAAUGUUCAUUUUAGCUGUGAAGAGAAGAAUGUAGAAGUUGACAAAGACUCAAAUUAUGAAAGAGGAGAAUGUGAAAAGUUUUGUGCUGUCCAAUACAGAUAAAGAGAGGAAAGAAGGAUCACAUAAUGUUGGCAUCCAACAUGUGCCUUUUUGAGGUUUUUGGAAAGGUGAAAGCUGUAAAGAUGAAGAGCAUUCAACUUCCAAGAAUUUUGAGGAUGAUGGAUCAUCACCGAAUCAUGAUAAUACUGUUUAUUCCAAUUUUCAAGAAAAAUCUGUAGGUGGAAUAGCUUAUGUUGCACUUGACUGUGAUGGGGAUAGUAAAAAGUCAUUUCAAAAUGUUGAACUUGAGAAUAAAGCUUUACCAGCUGCUGAUAGCGGCAUGAUGAGUAGCACAACUGAUAAUGCUUAUGAAUCAGAAAAGUUAACUGAAGAACUUGGAGAUAGUAAAGGAAGCAAACGACAUUUAUCUGUAGAAUCUGUUACUGUGGAGGGCAAGGCAUUUGUUGAGACUGUCAGUUGUCUCAAUAUGCAAGAACCAUCUGAAGGGAUAGGUGAAGGAAAUGGUGUAAACGGAGAACUAUUGCAUGCAACUGCAGGAAAAGACUGUAAAAUGAAUUUUGAGGAUAAUGUUGGAAAUGGAAAUAAGAUUCUUCCUGUGCGUUGUGAAACCAUGGUUGGGCACUCUGAGAUCUGUUUAAGUAAUCAGCAGUCGUCAUCGUUUCAAGAGGUAGAAGAUAUUGGUUUCACUGGGCGAAGGCCAGGACAGAGAAAUGAAACCUAUGGAAUUUACUGCUAUAUAGGUUGACGUGUUAAAAUGGCACCAGCAGGCAAUAGCUUUUUAGUUCUCUCUCAUUCUGCCGCCACAUAGUACAUGCACAUUUUGUCCUCUAGCAUCAAGGGCUGAUACUAUUCUAACGGAGCUAUGAUUCCAUCAACUUUUGGGCCUUCCAUGUUUGCUUGCUAGUUUCAUUGCAGCUAUUUUACCCAUGGAGAUGAUAUUUUGCCUAGUUUUUGUACGUGGAUGGACUAUUUUUCUGGUUGUUUACGAAUGGAAUGUGGUUGGAGACCUGUUAAGGAUUUUGGUCGUUGACUGGAA